CGGCGAACGGUUUGUCUGGCAGUCACGCGGAUGCUGAUGGCACGAUUGGCAAAAGGGCCUUUUCUCAAGCGGCAGCUGGCCCGGCCUACCAGCAGGCCGAAACAGACCCCUCCUCGCAAAUUCUUCUCCGCUCCCUCUCCCCCUAUAUAUAUCCUCUCCCGCCGGCCUCGUUUCGUUGCUCCCACCGUUCUCACGCCGACGGCCUCCGGGCGUUUCAACGCCGCUCCACAAUUCCCCAACCCCCAUCCCAAGCGCAGCCCCCCUCACCGAAACCCUAGCCCUAGCCGGCGAGGAUGCCGAAGGACGGCGGCGGCGGCGGCGGAGGAGGAGGAGUGCCGCGACGAGGUGGGCUUGGAGGAGCGCCUCAUCGAGGAGGAUCGCGAGAUCUGGGAGAAGAAGAGCACAGCGCUCCUCUACGGCCUCGUCCUCACCCACCACGCGCCAUCUAGCGUCGAGCCACCACUCCGUGCAGAUCCACAACGCGCCUCGACGACGCGUAGGUUGACGCGAUCCGCUACGACGACCAGCACGCUGACUUCGGGGGACCCGGCGACGCGUCCGGGAAUGGUUGCUCUUCCUGUGAGUUACACCAAUUUAGAUUAUCACAGAUUUUCUAGGAAAUGAUGCAUUUGGUAGCAAAAUCGAUGAAAAUGCUUCCCAUUCUUACUCUGAGGGCAAGUUAGCAGAACAUGUCGGAUGGUACAUAUGUUGUUAACCAUGUUAGCAUGGUACAUAUGUUGUUAACCAUGUUAGCGACACUAGUUGCUGGAUAACUCAUAUCAAUUGUUUGGCAGUUGCUUAAAUUUUUGUCUUCCUUUGCAUCCUCUGGUAGUUCAUAUCAAUUAUAUUUCCCCUUUGCUGUGCAGAUUGGGGUAGCAUUUUUCACAUGUUCCAACAAUUAUUACAGACAUUGCUCUCGAGAGGCAUGAACUGCCUUUUCCGUCUCAUUAGUUUUCUAGUGGCAUUGUGUUUUGUCCUGGGUGUUCCUUUUUAUCACCAAGCGUGCAUACAAAAUUCAUAUCUACAAUAAAUUUCCAGCUAAUCAAUUUUUCUGUUUUCAUUCUUUGGGGAGCAGAGGGAUGAAAGUGAGGCCAGCAGCCACUUGUCUAGACGUUUUCCUUGAUGGUGUGAUGGACCAGAACCACUCUGGAAUAGUCAGCUCCAUCUGACGCUGUUGCAUCAAGGUCUCUUCUGCUAAGUUCGGUUCAGUAGCCUGUUGAAUUAGAAAGUCCAUAAUACUAACGUUUUAUCACACUCCAAAGAGUGUAGUUGAGUGCUUAACCACAUGUAUCAAUUUUGUGAAAUUUGGUGAUGGUAUGUAAAUUAACUAACUAUUUGGAUAUGCUGACUUUCAACAACCUAUUUAGAGUGUGUCAUUCAUCUCC